UUGUUUUGGUGAUCAGCUGUGAGUGACCAAGAUGGCGUCGAGGUUAGCGCGAUCUACUGUCCGGCAGGUUAAACCUCUCCUGUCUAUCGACCAAGGGGAGGCUAGGAAGCGAGUGCUCAACCUAUAUAAGGCUUGGUAUCGCCAGAUCCCUUAUAUUGUGGUGGACUAUGACCUCCCAAAGUCCAAGGAACAGUGUCGACAGAAGUUAAGAGAGGAAUUUGAAAAACAUCGUCACGUGCAAGACAUACGCACCGUUGAUAUGCUCGUUAUUAAGGGCCAAAUGGAACUAAAAGAAACAGUUGAAAUCUGGAAGCAGAAGCAUGGCCUGAUGGCUUAUUGGCGGGACUCUGUAGAACCACGGCCCAAAGAUUUCCUUAGCAAGUUCUUGGACGGUCACGAGUGAUAGUUUAAGUAGCUGUUAGUUCAGAUUUUGUUUAUAUGUCAUAUUUAAAAAUCCUUUUGUUAAAUCUAUUAAGCAAAUCAUCAUUUUACCAGAAUUGUAAUUUGCAUUUUUUUUAUUUGUUCAAAUAUCAGAUUCAAGAGAGAUUGUUAAUCCAUUAAAGUAGUAAUUGAAAAUUUGGUUAUUAAAAAUUUUUGUAGGGUAUCAAAUACAGUAUAUUUAUGUUAGAUGUAUAUACUUCCUGUGUAAAUGUUUUUAUUAAAAACUGGUAAAAAAUGUUAUGUAUGAAAAAUAUGACCUUACUGUACUGUUACCAAACAGUUCUACAUUCUUGGUUGGGCUCGGUUUACAAGGGAUGGGCUUCUCUACAUCAUCAUUAUCAUUGUCCAAAAAUUUACAGUGUUCUAGCUGUAUCAACUGAUUGAUUACCACACUACAUUCAUUGGAGAUGGUUCAACUUCAUCCCAGGACACUGCAAUGUUAUUAAAAGCAAUCUUGAGGUUUAAGGUACACCAAAAGUCUCGGAUGAAUGGCGCAUUCUCUCCAUUUGAUUUGGUGAUCAACUGUGAGACUCCUUUUAAACCCUCUUGUGGUCAAAAGUUGCAUCACGAAGCGCUCUCACAAUAAGAGCGCCCCUCCUGUAAGCAGAAAUGCUGGAAUAGUGGACCGGGCCUAUCAACCACCUAAGUUCCUCCCACUAGCCUUGUGUGUUGACACAUGCAUCUCUUAAGGGUACAAUUUGGGUCUGCAUCACACUACCCAAUGUUUACGAAAAUGGAUAAACCAUUCUUGUUGCCAAUGCAACUGUCAAAAAAUUGUGAGAAGGCGAGAUUUCCAACCAUGGCCAAGAGUACCAGAGGGUAAGAUAAUGAGCUUUAAUCCUUUACAGUAGCUGCAAAGAGCCACUAUGCUGUACAGGAUACACUUAAAAAAUCCGAAUAUCAGUUAUGUGAAGAAAAAAAAUUGUUGCCUACACAUUCAGAUCUUUAAAUUUAGGCAAGUGUUAUGGGACAUAUUUGUCUAGUGGUUAUUAUAAUGUUCCACAACAUGAAAACACAAGGUAAGAUAAACGGGGAAUGGUAAUAUUCAUAAUACACUAGGAACUUCUAAAAUAUAUUAAGUAUUAAACCUAUUUACACUAUACUGUAUACACAGAAAGGUGAAAAUGAAAGUACAUCAAUUACAACUGAGACCAGGGACCAAAAGACAAGAACCUAUAAUCUUAUACUGUACAUGGAAUAAGUGUUACCUAUCACAAUAUAAAUUACAAUUAUAAUCCUAAUCAUAUGCACAAAGUAAACUUAGCUGUGAGGUGACCACUCAGUAGCACAAACACAAAACCCUCAAAGACACACGAUACACAGGGCAGAGCAGAGCAGAACAACAGCACGUCAAGAAGCCAGGGGAGUGAGUGAGUCAGUUACUAGUACUGUAGAUCUACCAACUAACCUCACAGAGUUGCCAGGUUGUUUAUUACUCACUACAAGGAUGAAAACAUGGACACAAAUAAUACAUAAUUUACAAUACAGUACUGUACAACAAUAUACUAUAUAACCUACAACAAUACACAUAUCACAAAAAAACAUAACAUAUGUAAGAUGAAAAAGAAUAAACAGAAUGAACAGCUCGUUCCUUGAACGAGCUGACUACCUAGUUCCCAUCAUACAAGUCAAAGAAAAAUAUAGCGUUACUUUCUCCAUGCCUUUUGCUCUAAGACCUACAAAGAAAUAUGGUAAAGAUCUCCUGUCAAUGAAGGUUAGAGUCUGAACCACCAAAUUUAGUCUCUGUUUACCAACAGAUGGUGAAAAUUGAAAUUACUGUACUGCAUGUCUGACCUCGAGUGGCUACAGGAAGUAAUUGCCCUUAACGGUGGCUGGAGAAGAUAUUAAUUUAAUGGAAUUAAAAACAAACAAUAUA